AAAACUUUGUUAAAGAGAGCGACAAACAGGGAGAAAGCAAGAGAGAAUUAUAGCAAGAGAGAGAGAGACAGACAGACAGAUAGACUGACAGACAGAAGGGCAAUGGUGGAAGUAAAAAGGGGGGUCUUAGACCCUUAAAUCCCAAGCAACUUUACCAACCCUUUCCGGAAAAAAAUGGUUAAAUAUAACACCUAUCCAGUCCUGUCUCCAUUCAACGGACUUCUUUCUUCCAGUUGUUCAUCGGACAUCAACUCGUCAUCAUGCUGAAGUUCUUCGUACUCGCCUGUGCUUUGGGCGCCAUCCAGGCUAUGAUCCAAAUUGGAGAUCAGUUUUGCGUGAAUUGUGGAGAUCCGGCAAUUAAUCCGGAUGAGACGGCAGCGCUUAUAGUAGGGGGCAAAGAAGCCAAACCUAACAGCUGGCCUUGGCAGACACUUGUUCUCAGUGGAGGAAGACAUAUUUGUGGCGCCACCCUUAUAGAUAAAGAUUGGAUCGUCUGCGCGGCACAUUGUUUUGGAAAAACCCCCCAAAUUAGCGAUUACUCAUUUGCAUUAGGAGUACACGACAAAUCAAGCGGAAGCGAAUCAAGUCGCCAAGAUUAUACUGCAGCCGAGAUCUUCGUUCAUGAAAACUAUCAAUCAUCCACUACCAACAACGACAUAGCACUCAUCAAGCUCAGCCAAAGUGUCACGUGCACUGAUGAAAUCAGCACAGCUUGCCUUGUGAGCGCGAGACCCAAUGAUAACGACAUGGCCUUUGUCACUGGAUGGGGAACUCUCUCCUCAGGCGGAUUUACCCCCAGGAGGCUUAAUCAAGUCCAAGUCCCAGUCGUCUCUGAUGAUACCUGUAAAAAGGCUUACAGACUUUCUUACAACCCCGAUACAAUGGUGUGUGCUGGAUACCCAGAAGGAGGAAAGGACUCGUGCCAGGGUGAUAGCGGCGGACCAAUGGUGGUGAAAAAUCAACAAACUGGUUUAUGGGAACUGGGUGGAAUCGUGAGCUGGGGAUAUGGAUGUGCCGAAGCGGGUAACUACGGGGUCUAUACCAACGUCGCCAACUAUUUGGGAUGGAUUUCCAACAUCAUGGCCAAUAACUAAGGCGCUAUAAUAAUUACAGUCCAUCCGGGUUAAUCGCGACUGAUUCAAGUGUACCGUAAAAAUAGAACUUCUUGGUAGAUCUUGAGAAUUAUUAAUUAUGUGGCCCUAAAGAUCCUAGAAAAAUAUCUUACAAAACAUACACGUAGUACCGGUACGGUGUACAGAGCAUGACCAAUUGGUGUUUUGCAAGAAUCACAUCCUUAGAUGUUAACACUACCCCAGAAAGUGCUAAAUUAACCAAAGAAUAUGCUAUAAUAAUAACACCAGGCAACGGGUGUAACUUGGUAUGGUCCUCUGUAAGCACCGAUGGUAGGGUACUAGUUAUUUUUAAUCUAUGAAUAUACUGAUGAAUUAUGACGAAUAAUAAAUAGAAAUGGAGGACGUUGCAUGCAACAA